UCCCAUUGGCCCGUCCCCCGCCACGACUUCCGGUCGGGUUCCCUUCCCCCCCCCGAAGAUGGCGGCUCACGCUCGCUUCGUGGCGCGGACGGUGAUGGUUCAGGGCGGCGACGUGGAUGCGGCUUACAGGACCCUGACCCGGAUCCUAACCACAGACGGGAUCAUUGACGAAGCGAAGAGGCGACGCUACUAUGAGAAGCCUUGCCGGAAACGCAUCCGAGAGAAUUAUGAGACCUGCCGACGCAUCUACAACAUGGAGAUGGCCAGGAAGCUGACCUUCCUGAUGAAGAAGAACCGUCAGGACCCUUGGCUGGGCUGUUAGUCGUCCACGCAGUGCCGUGGGAUAACUUAAGAGAGAGAGAGAGACCCUCCCUUUUGGAUAAGUCUUUGACUGGCGGCUAUCUUGAAGAAAGGGGUCACCGAGUGGACUCUGGUUCAGUGACUAUGUCAAUUUGCUGUUAAUUAGGUGCUGCAGCCCAGUGUGGGUGGAGGGACCGGCAUUCUCAAUAAUAAAAAAAACUGAGCCAA